GUUGGGUCGCCGUCGGUGCCCCCCAUGCCUGUAUCUGCCGGGAGGGAUGAUGGGGGGUGAAGCCAACGUUUUUUUGGGGUGCUGGCAGGGAUUUUCCCCAGGGAAGGAGGAUGGAGGGUGGAUGCUGGCCAGGCUGUGCUGCGCAGGAGCCGGCUCCUCCCUCUCGCUAUUUAUUCCUCCCCAUCGCUCCGCGGCCGAGGCUGAAUCACCCCGAACCGAGCAAAGCAACGGGCUCCCCACCGCCAUGGCCAAGCUCCUUGUCACCUGCUGCCUGGUGACCCUGCUCCUCGGCGCCUGGACCGACGUCGCCUUCUCCAAGAAAGGCAAAGGCAAACCCAGCGGUGGCGGCUGGGGCACCGGGAGCCACCGCCAGCCCAGCUACCCCCGCCAGCCCGGCUACCCCCAAAACCCCGGAUAUCCCCAUAAUCCAGGCUACCCCCACAACCCAGGCUAUCCCCACAACCCAGGGUGGGGCCAGGGUUACAACCCAUCCAGCGGAGGAAGCUACUACAACCAAAAACCAUGGAAGCCCCCCAAAUCCAAGACCAACUUCAAGCACGUGGCCGGGGCGGCAGCGGCGGGCGCUGUGGUGGGGGGCUUGGGGGGUUACGCCAUGGGCCGUGUCAUGUCGGGGAUGCACUAUCGCUUCGACAGCCCCGAUGAGUACCGCUGGUGGGAUGAGAAUGCCUCGCGCUACCCCAACCGUGUCUACUACCGCGACUACAGCAGCCCCGUGUCGCAGGACGUCUUUGUUGCUGACUGCUUCAACAUCACGGUGACAGAGUACAACAUCGGCCCCGCUGCCAAGAAAAAUGCCUCGGACGCCGGGCCUGGGGUGAACCAGACAGAGACGGAGAUGGAGACCAAGGUGGUGACCAAGGUGAUCCGGGAGAUGUGCAUCCAGCAGUACCGCGAGUACCGCUUGGCCUCCGGCAUCCGGCUGCACCUCGCCGAUGCCUCCCUGGCCGCCCUCCUCCUCCUCACCCUCAUCGUCCUGCACUGAUGCCCCUGCUGCUUCGAGACGCCACCCACAUCCCCAUGGGGACCCCCCGAGCCCUCCAGUUCUCAGUUGCUUUGGUGAAGAGCCCCCGGGGCGCAUGGGCACCGAUGCUCCCCAUCGCCUCCGGUUUAGGUGAAUAUUUCUUUUACCACCCCGUCCCCGGCGCAACAGGACAGUGAUAGAGCUGGAUACCCUAAAAAUGGCCUUCACCACGUUCCUCCUCCUCGGGGACACCCCGAGAGGGACCACGUCAAGAGAGGAGCUCACCCGGCCCUCAAGAGCACUUCCAAAAACCCUCUUUGCUAACAAGCGGGGUUUUAUUUAAUCCCCAAGUCCCACUGCCAUCAAACCCAAUUUCCCCAGAGCACGGCGCAGCAUUGCACCCAGCACCCACAUACCCCAUAGGGCGUUUGGGUUGCUAAAAUAUGGGUUUUUCAAGCAACAAGCUGCUGCGUUGUGAUUUUAACCCUUUCAUCCUAAAAAACACCCUUCACCAUGUACAUACGGACCUGCCCGCUCCGCACCUUGCAUGCUGCAAAUGCCCCCUGCAGCAACACACAAAAAUAACCCUGGUUGGGUUUUGGUUGACCCUCGCAAUGCUUUGCUUUCAGUUCAGCCCCCCUGCCUUUCUUAACCUAAAGGCAAAAAGUGCUGCUGAACAGUCAAAAAAGCCCCAAAAUGGUAACGCUUGGUGUGUUACAGCCCAAUAGAAAGCUAUUUUGGAUGCGCUAUGGAUGGCAAGUCACGCUCACACUUCGGCACUUUGACCUAAAGGACGUUAAGAUGCAGCUCAAAGGAUGCUCAGAACGUCGCAAGAGACUAAAUCCAGUUAAAUCCACGGCAAACAGCAUCAGGAAAAUCAAGCCUGAUGGAUGAGAGAUGCUUAAAAAUAUAAUAAUCACCUUUUGCAAGUAAUUUGUAGAAGCAGCGGGUGAAUUCUUGCUUCUUGUGUUUGGGCCGACGCCGGGUUGUGCAGAACCUGGAGCAUCUGUGAAGUUGCGCUUGUCGAACCGGUCGCCCCCAAGUUAUAUUUAAUAUCUCUCGUGUAUAUUUUUUCUUGCAAGGCACUGAAUGACACCGUCCUAAAUGAUUUCUCGUAUCGUUGUAAGCUACGUGAAGAGAUAUAUAUAUAUGUAUAAAAUAUAAGGAAAAUAAACCUUUCAGGAUACUCACCCGAAAAGCAGGGCUUUGAGGUAACCUGUACUUUGUGAUACGCGAAUGUUUUUUGUAAAUCUGUAAACGGUGCAUGCACUAAAUUUGCCGUUCUGGUACUUUUCUAAGUGUUCGACGUCGGGUACAAAUUAAAACGGAUCAAGCCAA